AUGGAAAGAACACACCUCUCUAGCCCUAUCAAAUAACUUCCUCUUUUUUUUUUUGCGGAAUCAUGGAGGGGAAUGUUUCAGCGGAAUCUUUUGAGAGCAUCGUGCCGGGUGGUGAGUUUCAAGAGAAGUUUAAGAAAAACCACGACAUAAUAUUCUACAGGAGACAGAGAGAUAAAGCAGUGUCACAGUACUUUGCCUCCUUCGAAACUUUAGUACUCACAGAUAGAGGAGCCAGUCUGGAGCUCUGUGAACGGGACUCUCAGGUGGACUGUUCUGUGGGGAUGGACUUAAGUCUCCAUGGGUUCAACCAUACGUAUGGUCUUCCUGAACAUGCUGAUACCCUGGUGUUGAAGGACACAAGUGUCACGGAGGCGUAUCGGCUGUACAACCUGGAUGUGUUUGGCUAUGACAUCAAUAGCAGGUUGGGUCUUUAUGGUUCUGUCCCCUUCCUGCUAGCUCACAAGCUGGAGAGGACAGCUGGUGUGUUCUGGCUGAACGCCUCUGAGACUCUGGUUGAUGUCAAGUACAACCCAGAGCCAAAUGAGGGCGAGGAGGAACCACCAGGGAAGAAAAGCAAGAUCUCACCACAGACUGAUGUGAGAUGGAUAUCAGAGAGCGGCACAAUCGACUGUUUCAUUUUGCUGGGACCCACAGCUGCCCAGGUGUUCUCUCAGUAUGCUCAACUUACAGGCUACCAGGCUCUUCCUCCACUCUUCUCUUUGGGUUAUCACCAAUGCCGCUGGAACUACGAGGACGAGGCAGAUGUGAAAGCGGUGGAUGCUGGAUUUGACCUCCACGGUAUUCCGUAUGAUGUUAUAUGGUUGGACAUAGAGCACACAAAUGGGAAGCGCUACUUCACCUGGGAUUCCGAGCUUUUUCCAAACCCAGGAGAACUACAGCAUCACCUUCAGAAGAAGAACAGGAAGUUGGUCGUUAUUAGUGAUCCGCACAUCAAGAUUGAUCCUGAUUGGCCGCUUUACUGUGAAGCUAAAGAAGGGGGGCAUUUUGUGAAGAAUAGAGAAGGUGCUGUUUAUGAAGGAACAUGUUGGCCCGGUGAAUCCUGUUAUUUGGACUUCAGUAGCUCAAAGACAAGGUCAUGGUAUGCCAGACAGUUCUCUCUAAGCAAAUAUGAAGGCUCAACAGAAUCUUUGUUUGUGUGGAAUGACAUGAAUGAACCGUCUGUCUUUAACGGGCCAGAGCAGACAAUGCCCAAAGAUGCAGUGCACCACGGAGGAUGGGAACACAGGGAACUACACAACUUGUAUGGCUUUUAUCAGCAUAUGGCUACAUUUGAGGGCUUAUUAACGCGGUCAGGUGGCACAGAGAGGCCGUUUAUCCUUUCACGCUCUUUCUUUGCUGGGUCUCAAAGAUUAGGUGCCAUCUGGACUGGGGACAAUGUCGCUACUUGGGAGUACUUGAAGAUUUCAAUACCCAUGCUGCUGUCACUGAGUUUGACAGGAAUACCGUUUUGUGGAGCUGAUGUAGGGGGCUUUGUGCAGGAUCCAGACCCUGAGCUUCUGGUCCGCUGGUACCAAGCAGGUGCUCUUCAGCCAUUUUUCAGGGGACACUCUGCUAAAAUGACCAAACGGCGUGAGCCCUGGCUGUUUGGGGACGAUGUGACCUCUGCGAUCCGCUCUGCUGUUCAGGACAGAUACCGUCUCCUGCCGUACUGGUACACUCUGUUUCACCAAGCACACACGUCAGCCCUGCCUCCCAUCAGACCUCUUUGGGUAGAGUUUCCCAACGAUACAAGCAUGUUUGCGGUGGAGAACCAGUACAUGAUUGGCGGUGCUCUCCUUGUGUGCCCUGUGACAGAUCCUGAGGUCACAGAGGUCAAGGUUUUGCUCCCAGGGUCUGAUGUGCUGUGGUACGACACAAACAUGGCAGCGGUACACAAGGGUGCCAGAACUUUGGAUCUGCCCGUGACUCUGAACACUGUGCCUGUGUUCCAGCGUGGGGGGACAGUGGUGCCCAGGAGAGCAGGUUGUGGGUCUAGCACAGCGGACUUACAACAGCAUCCAUUCACUCUCACUGUGGCCCUGGACAGUAAGGGCAAUGCUGAUGGACUUCUUUAUCUGGACGAUGGCCACUCUUUUAGCUACAGAGACCAAAUGCAGUUCUGUCUGCGCCGUUUUACCAUGCGAGCUGGCAGGCUUGUCAACAGCUGUGCUGAUGAUCAAGGCUCGUUUGUCUCGGAUGACAAAGUGGAAUCAGUGGUCAUUCUUGGUCUGAAUAGCUUGAAAAGAAAACCCAAGCUCAAAUCAGGUGCGCCGAAGACAGCAGUCACGUUUGAAUUUGAUGCAAAGCGAGGUGUGUUAACUUUAACUGGACUGGACCUAGAAAUACACAAAGACUGGGAAAUAGUAAUUUAGUGGAUGGUAUUUUUAUUUUUAAUUAUUAUUUUACACUUUUUAAAAUUUGGUUGUUUUAUGGUAUAUCAGAUGCUUGCCUUAAAAAGUCAAAACAACUUGCAAUUGCAAUAAAACAUUUGUUUAAUUAAAUCAGCACUUUAAUAAUGGAAUGUAAUAUUAAAGAUUCCCUCUACAAUGCUCAUUUACCUCAAGAAAUCUAAUAACAUGAUAUGAUUUUAAUGACUGGGUUUGUUUAACAUGAAAUAUUAUCCAUUUUCCUUUGCCAUACUUACGUGAGACUGUAGAGUUGACAUGAUGGAGGUGAAAUAAGUUUUCAAAAUAGAAAACAUUGUGCAAAAAAAAUCUUAACUUCUAAA